UUGAAUUCACAGGGGUCUUACAAUCGUUGUUCUGCUUCAUUUUCAUCCUCAAAACUUCUGCAUUCUUUGUUGAUUUCAGUCUCCGGAAAAAAUGUUUAUCGAGAGCUUUAAGGUAGAGAGUCCGAAUGUGAAGUACACUGAGAAUGAGAUUCACUCAGUGUACGACUAUGAAACCACAGAGCUUGUUCAUGAGAACAGAAAUGGAACCUAUCAAUGGAUUGUCAAACCCAAGACCGUCAAAUAUGAAUUCAAGACCGAUACCCGUGUUCCAAAACUUGGAGUUAUGCUUGUGGGAUGGGGAGGAAACAACGGCUCAAGCCUCACCGGUGGUGUUAUAGCCAACCGAGAAGGAAUCUCCUGGGCCACCAAGGACAAGGUGCAGCAAGCCAAUUAUUUUGGCUCUCUGACUCAAGCAUCAAGUAUCCGAGUUGGGUCUUAUCAUGGAGAGGAGAUUUAUGCUCCUUUCAAGAGCCUUCUCCCUAUGGUGAACCCGGAUGAUAUUGUGUUUGGUGGCUGGGACAUUAAUGACAUGAACCUAGCUGAUGCAAUGGCCCGGGCCAAGGUGUUUGACAUUGAUCUUCAAAAGCAGCUGAGGCCCUACAUGGAACACAUGGUCCCACUCCCUGGAAUCUAUGAUCCUGAUUUUAUUGCUGCUAACCAAGGUGAACGGGCCAACAAUGUCAUCAAGGGGACAAAGAAAGAACAAGUUCAACAAGUCAUCGAGGAUAUUAGGGAGUUCAAGGAGAAAAACAAGGUGGACAAGGUUGUUGUGCUUUGGACUGCCAACACUGAGAGGUACAGCAAUGUGAUCGUGGGGCUGAAUGACACCAUGGAGAGCCUCUUGGCUUCACUGGAGAAGAAUGAAGAAGAGAUUUCUCCUUCCACCCUGUAUGCUAUUGCUUGUAUUCUUGAAAAUGUUCCUUUCAUCAAUGGAAGCCCACAGAACACCUUUGUUCCAGGGUUAAUUGAUUUGGCUAUUAAGAGGAACAGUCUGAUCGGAGGAGAUGACUUCAAGAGUGGUCAGACCAAGAUGAAAUCUGUCUUGGUAGACUUCCUUGUUGGCGCUGGUAUCAAGCCAACAUCAAUAGUGAGCUACAACCAUCUCGGAAACAAUGAUGGCAUGAAUCUGUCAGCUCCUCAAACCUUCCGCUCUAAGGAGAUCUCCAAGAGCAACGUUGUUGAUGACAUGGUCGCUAGCAAUGGUAUUCUCUAUGAGCCUGGCGAGCAUCCUGACCAUGUUGUGGUCAUUAAGUAUGUGCCAUAUGUAGGCGAUAGCAAGAGAGCCAUGGAUGAAUACACAUCAGAGAUAUUCAUGGGAGGCAGGAACACUAUAGUGCUGCACAACACUUGUGAGGAUUCUCUGCUGGCUGCUCCCAUCAUUCUUGAUUUGGUUCUUCUUGCAGAGCUCAGCACCAGGAUCCAGCUCAAGGCUGACUGGGAGGGCAAGUUCCACUCCUUCCACCCUGUGGCUACCAUUCUUAGUUACCUUACCAAGGCCCCUCUUGUUCCACCAGACACUCCAGUGGUGAAUGCACUAUCAAAGCAACGUGCAAUGCUUGAGAACAUCCUAAGGGCUUGUGUUGGCUUAGCUCCUGAGAAUAACAUGAUUCUGGAAUACAAGUGAACCACAGGAGGAGAAAAGUGGUUGCAGCCUGGUUCUUAGAACAUAGGACCCUUUCUCCUCUCUGUUUCAAAAAAGCUGUGGUUAUAACAGAUUGCAGUCCUUGUGUCUAGAAUUUGUUGUUAGCAUGGUGUUUAGUUUUCUUUUCUUUUCAGAAUAGUGUUCAUGUGUAGCCCUCCUGCUGUUAGCUCAUGCUGUUAGCAUGGUGUUGAAUUUCAAUGCUUCCUGGCUCUUUCCAAAAAGUAACCAUGCCUUCAUCAUGUUAAGAUGUUAACAAAUAAACAACCGCUCCCUGAUGGGUUCUGUAUCCUUCUUAAUUUCCUGGAUAGAGUGAGGCAUGAACGCUGUAUCCUUUUCGUUCCCUUUCUCCAUUCUCUUCUAGUAUGGGUUGUGGGACCUCUUGAUGACUGCAUCAAAGCUACUGAUUGUUUACAUUCGGGUCAAAUUGGUCCUACAUCUCUCACGUCUGUUCUACCAUACAUGUGGUGCACGCAUAAAUUUUGGUACAUUUACAUAUGAGUGCCAGAUUAGGCCCACGAAGUUGAUUGAAAUAGCAAUUGUUUUGGUCCUGGCAAUAACAUCAUUUUUAAGGC